AUGAAUAGAUCUCGUAAUCUGUGGAGUGUCGAGGAGGAUAACACCCUCAGGAGGUUGGUUGAGUCUUGUGAAAAAGGAAAAGUCGACUGGCGCGUUAUUGCCUCCUAUCUGCCCGGCCGAAAUAACAAAGACUGUCGCAAACGAUGGCACUAUCGUGUGUCUGCCACCAUGAAUCUGGGACCUUGGUCGCAGAGUGAGGACGAAUUGCUGAAGAUGGGUAUUCAUCGUCAUGGGACACAUUGGUCUCGCGUUGCACAAGUUGUGGGCACUAGGAAUGGUGAUCAAUGCUUCAAACGGUGGAACGACGUCCUAGAUCCAGCUAUUGAUCGCAGCCCCUGGACCCGAGAGGAAGAUCGCAUCCUCCUUCUCGCAAUCGGCGAGUAUGGACGAGCCUGGAAAAUGAUUGUCGACACUUACUUUCCCGGCCGGACGGGUCUGGAUGCAAAGAAUCGGCAUCGACAACUCACCCGAAAGCGCAAGAGGGAAAGCAAACCUGCGACAAAGAUCACCAAAACAAUAAAAAAAGAACAACAACCACAACAACAAUUCACAUCAGUGCAGUCGCCACUUCCACAACUAACUCCGAGCUCAUUAUCACCCUCUCUAUCAGCCGUGGGAACACCGAGUAUCAUCAUCCCACAACAACACAUUAACCUACCAACCCGAAAUCCGGAGAUGCAUCUACAUUUACACGACCAGUUACUAGGCAGUGAUGAUGCGACCACCGAACGAUCUCUGUCCGUUCCUCCGGGCUCGUCAUCUUCAUAUUGGGAGGUGCCUCUAGAGGGCCUGUUUAGUCCACCACUACCCACAGCCACGCCAGAGACGCCAUAUAGUUCGUGCAGUAGUCUAUCGACGAGUCAUUACGAGGGAAGCCUGUCGGGCUUCAAGACUGAACCUCAUCAGUAUGAGAAUGGAGAGCUGCUUAUGCAUCAGAUGCCUGGUUAG